AUGCAGGGCUAUUCGUUCGCGCCCCCUUCUGGGCCACCGAGGGAGGGUCAUAAAAAUUAUGUAUUCGUUGAUGAACAUAAUAGACACAAAAGGCUGAAGGUGAUGCGAGCGUGCAAUGGUUGCCGGAAGCGAAAAAUAAAAUGUGAUGCUGCUACUACAAAUACGUGGCCUUGCUCAGCAUGCACUCGUUUAAAACUCGUCUGUGUGCCACCUACAAUUGGACAAGACAACGACUUUACCGCGGGCCAGGGUGUCGAAUCCGAUGCAACUAGCUCCUUAGGUGCAUCCAGUGCAGCAGAAACUUCUCAUCAUGCCUUUCCUAUGCCUCAGUCCUAUAGAGACGGCAGUCAAUCUACCGUGGGGGGUAUCCCGAACUACAAUGACGGGAUGGGAAUGUUUUCACAAUUUGUCCACUCACCUAAUCACCCUAGCAUAUAUGGUGAAGUGCGGUCGCCACAAGUCUCCAUGUCCCAUCAUUCCUAUCAACAACCGCAGAUGUUUUCUACUCCCCAACCACAGACUCUGGGAACUUCAGAUAAUAGUAUAUUCAUCGAUAAUGAACAAUCUACCGCGGAAAAUCUCAGUGAAGUACUUGGGGAACUUAAAAUAGAUGAGACUGGCAUUGCUCCGUAUAUCAGACGGCAGAGAAGGGAUAGAACUGAACCAGAAGUCCCUAUUCAAGAUGAAACAGAGGAACGAUUGCCACCUCUUAGCACCGGAGCUGGGUCGACGAUUCGAAUCCCCCCCGAACUUAUGCCAUCAGAUGACGAGGUCAUGAAUUAUUUUAAAAUUUAUUUCAACGACAUACACCCAUACCUUCCUGUCGUCCACCGAUCCAAUAUGUAUUACCAAUGGCAAAAUGACCGAAGCUCGAUAUCGCCUCUUCUUCUCGAGGCCCUGUUUGCAUGUGCGGGCAGGUUGUCGGAUGAACCAGCCCAGGGAGCUCAGUGGCUAGCAUUAGCCAACAGGCAUGAAUCCAGUUUUAUGGAUGUACCACGUUUGAGCACAAUCCAAGCGUUACUCCUUCUUUUGAAAGCCAGAGAAUCGUUGCCAAAAAAGGGGUAUUAUUAUCGCUCUUGGCAGACUGUCAAAACUAUUGUUUCAAUGGCCAAAGAUUUGGAUAUUCAUGAACAUUACAACCUCCAUGCCGAAGGCAGGCCUUGUGAUCUGAAUCACGUAGAGUGCUUAGUGCAGACAAGGGUCUGGCAAGCUCUUUUAGUCAUCGAAGUAAUGAUUGGAGCACCUCAGGGCCGCUCGGAUUAUGGUGUUGAUCCAGAAACAGUUGAUAUGCGGCCGACAUUGGACAUUGAGAACCAGGACCAAUUUGAGGCUGGCCGCUCUAGACAAUAUGCUUAUUUUGUCCGGAACGCCCACCAUAUUCGCAUCAUGACCGACAUUUAUCAUAAAAUUAAGAAGCAAAAGGACUGGGGGGCUGAUCCUAGAUUUGUUGAAAAAAAUCCACUUUUCACGGAUUGGCUUCAAAGCUUACCCUCAGAUUUGCAGGUUAAUUAUCCUGCUGAUGGCUCUCCACCCUGGAUUCCGUCCCAUUUUGUAGGGAAUAUGCACUCGCAUUGUCAUUUAGGGAUCAUUUUGCUACAUCGUCCGCAGCUACUUGCCUCGAAGUCCUUUGCUGCCGGGGGGGGUUGGAAAAUCCACAUGGCAUUAUGUUACUCCUCAGCAAGAAGUCUCUGUAGGCUACAGGAGGCCAUUUUGAACCGCUUCGGUCUGUCGGGUUUACUUUUCAUGCAAAGGGGCAUUAAUUUUGCGAUAUAUUGCAUAUUGACAUGCACGAUGCUGCAUUUAAUCGCAAUAACCUCUCCCGAUCCUCAUUUUCAUACAGAUGCACGGGAGUAUUUCACGCGGCAUAUGCGUAUCCUUGAGCAAUGUUCUUCUGCUUGGCCUAUGCCAGAAAUCCAAGCACAGAUCGACUCAUUAAGGCUUGCAUUUUCUGCUGAUACAAACCGCUCAUUUGAGCUGAAAUCAACAUUUCCUUAUGGAAGCCCUUCAGAGCCAUAUCAUCCAAGUCCGCCGCCACUUGAUUCGCAUUAUCAACCUCAAUUAAAUCAAAUUUCUAGCAAUAUUCCAAACAGAGUGGGUUAUAGCGCUUAUCCUAUCACCCCUCCAUUAACCGCUGGUACUGAAGACUCGAAGUCCGAUUCCUCUCAACUGCAGCCGUUGGGAAUGUUACCACACCAUCCGGUUUCAAGCCAUUCAAUUGAUGCCCCACUGGUUGAUGAGAAUAAUUGGGAUCCCACUAGAAUUAUCAACCAGUGGGAUAUGGCAUUUUCCGUUGGUCCAUCAACUGUCAGCACGAAUUCGCCACCGAUGGCUCUGGGUACUCCCCCACAAGGCAUUCAAGCCCCUUUAACAGCCCAGUACCCCGUUCAAUAUGGGUCACCUACCAAGGUGGCAUCAGUUGCACCGUCACAGCCUAUCAGUCAGCCUCAGUUUAAUGGCCAGCCAGUUUUGAUUACUGCACGUGACUGGCAACAAAGUGUUGCCAGCGUGUAUGACCCUCAUGGCUUAAAACGACGAUGGAAUUAUUCAAUUGAUAUGGGAACCGAGAACAUGGCAAAACGACAACGAUGA